GGGGGUGACAGGAGACCCUGUACCUCCGUCCCCUCGCUCCCCGAGAGAGAGGGCCAAGCUGGGCGGGGCGGGCAGUGGAUCAUUAACCCGGGAGCCCUGGCGGGUGCCGGGCGGCCCUAUUGGUUCCCCACCAUCAGGCCAGGCUGUCCCUGGCAGGAGGCUGCCCUGCUGGUGCCCCCUGGACCCAGCCCUUCGCUGAGCCCGACUGUCCGUGGCCUCAGUUCCCUCUCGCCCCUCCUGGCGCCGGGAUGGCAGAGGCCCGCCCGCGGGGCUGGCUGCUCUGGGUGCUGCUCCUGCAGGCGGCCCAGGCCCAGCCGUACACGCCCAUCCACCAGCCCGGCUACUGCGCCUUCUACGACGAGUGCGGAAAGAACCCCGAGCUGUCGGGGAGCCUGGCGGGCCUGGCCGACGUGUCCUGCCUGAACAACACGCGUGCCCCCCGCCUCACGGGCGACCACCUGGCCCUGCUGCAGCGCAUCUGCCCCCGCCUCUACGCCGGCCCCGACGCCACCUUCGCCUGCUGCUCCCGGAAGCAGCUGCUGUCGCUGGAGAAAAGCCUGGCCAUCACCAAGGCGCUGCUGACCCGCUGCCCCGCCUGCGCGGACAACUUCGUGAGCCUGCACUGUCACAACACCUGCAGCCCCGACCAGAGCGCCUUCAUCAACGUGACGCGGGUGGUCGUGCGGGGGGCCGGCAAGCCCCCAGCCGUGGUGGCCUACGAGGCCUUCUACCGGCGCAGCUUCGCCGAGCGGACCUACGACUCUUGCAGCCGGGUGCGCAUCCCCGCGGCCGCCACGCUGGCCGUGGGCGCCAUGUGCGGGGUCUACGGCUCCGCCCUCUGCAACGCCCAGCGCUGGCUCAACUACCAGGGCGACACGAGCAACGGCCUGGCCCCGCUGGACAUCACCUUCCACCUGUGGGAGCCCGACCAGGCCGCAGGGAGCCCCAUGCAGCCCCUGGACGCGGAGCUCACCCCCUGCAACCAGUCCCAGGGCGGGGCGGCCGCCUGCUCCUGCCAGGACUGCGCGGCGUCCUGCCCGGCCAUCGCCCGGCCCGAGGCCCUGGACGCCACGUUCCGCCUGGGCCGCCUGGCGGCGGACUGGCCCUCAUCCACAUCCUCGCCCCCGCUCACCUUCAAGGAUGGCACGGCCCUGGCCCUGAGCUGCAUGGCUGACUAUGGGGCCCCCGUCUUCCCUUUUCUCGCCGUUGGGGGCUACGAAGGGAACGACUACUCCGCGGCCGAGGCCCUGAUCCUGACCUUCUCCCUCAACAACUACCCUCCCGGCGACCCCCGGCUGGCCCAGGCCCGGCUCUGGGAGGGGGCCUUCCUGGAGGAGGUGCGCGCCUUCCAGCGGCAGAUGGCCGGCACGCUCCAGGUCACCUUCAUGGCGGAGCGCUCCCUGGAGGACGAGAUCAGCCGGACCACAGCCGAGGACCUGCCCAUCUUUGCCAUCAGCUACCUGGUCAUCUUCCUGUACAUCUCCCUGGCCCUGGGCAGCUACACCAGCUGGCGCCGCAUGCCGGUGGACGCCAAGGUCACGCUGGGCCUGGGCGGGGUGGCUGUGGUGCUGGGCGCUGUGAUGGCCGCCAUGGGCUUCUUUGCCUACCUGAGCGUCCCUUCCUCCCUGGUGGUCCUGCAAGUGGUGCCUUUCCUGGUGCUGGCCGUGGGGGCGGACAACAUCUUCAUCUUCGUCCUGGAGUACCAGAGGCUGCCCCGGAGGCCUGGGGAGCGGCGGGAGGCGCACAUCGGCCGGGCGCUGGGCCGCGUGGGGCCCAGCAUGCUGCUCUGCAGCGUCUCCGAGGCCGUCUGCUUCUUCCUGGGGGCCCUGACCCCCAUGCCCGCCGUGCGGACCUUUGCGCUGACCUCUGGCCUCGCCCUGAUCCUGGACUUCCUGCUGCAGAUGUCCGCCUUCGUGGCCCUGGUGUCCCUCGACAGCAGGAGGCAGGAGGGCUCCCGGCUGGAUGUCUGCUGCUGCCUGCGCGCCCAGGAGCUGCCCGCUCCCAGCAGCGGUGGCUGUGAGAAAGGCCCGAGGACUCCAACUGGCCGUGGAGAGCAAAUCAUCGCACGGCAGCUCGAAAAGAAGGCGAAGGGUCCAAAGCUGGAGAAGUUCAUCGCCGGCUGCGAGAGCUUCUCCUUAACCCAGAAGAUCCAGUACGCCACCGAGUUCCCUGAGCAGUCUUACCUGGCCAUCCCCGCCUCCUCCUGGGUGGACGACUUCAUUGACUGGCUGACACCAUCCUCCUGCUGCCGCCUGUAUUCCUUUGGCCCCAACAAGGACCAGUUCUGCCCCUCGACUGUCAACUCUCUGGGCUGCUUGAAGAACUGUAUGAGUUUCACCCUCGGCCCCGUGCGGCCAUCGGUGGACCAGUUCCACAAGUACCUCCCCUGGUUCCUCAGCGACCCACCCAACAUCAAGUGUCCCAAAGGUGGCCUGGCAGCAUACAGCACCUCCGUGAAGCUGGACCACGACGGCCAGGUUUUGGCCUCGCGCUUCAUGGCCUACCACAAGCCCCUGAAGAACUCGCAGGACUACACGGAGGCUCUGCGGGCAGCGCGGGCACUGGCCGCCAACAUCACCGCCGGCCUGCGGAAGGUGCCGGGCACCGACCCGGCCUUCGAGGUCUUCCCCUACACGAUCACCAACGUGUUCUACGAGCAGUACCUGACGGUGGUGCCCGAGGGGCUCUUCAUGCUCAGCCUCUGCCUGGUGCCCACCUUUGCCGUCUGCUGCCUGCUGCUGGGCAUGGACCUCCGCUCCGGCCUCAUCAACCUCUUCUCCAUCAUCAUGAUCCUGGUGGACACCGUGGGCUUCAUGGCCCUGUGGGGCAUCAGCUACAAUGCCGUGUCCCUCAUCAACCUGGUCACGGCCGUGGGCAUCUCUGUGGAGUUCGUGUCCCACAUCACCCGCUCCUUUGCGGUCAGCACCAAGCCCACCCGGCUGGAGAGGGCCAAGGAGGCCACCAUCUCCAUGGGCAGUGCGGUGUUCGCCGGCGUGGCCAUGACCAACCUGCCCGGCAUCCUCAUCCUGGGCCUGGCGAAGGCCCAGCUCAUCCAGAUCUUCUUCUUCCGCCUCAACCUCCUCAUCACUCUGCUGGGCCUGCUGCACGGCCUGGUCUUCCUGCCGGUCAUCCUGAGCUACCUGGGGCCUGACAUCAACAUGGCUCUGGUGUUGGAGCAGAGGCGGGCAGAGGAGGCGGCUGCGGCCAGGACAGCCUCCUGCAAAAAGCACUCCAUCCCGGUGAGGUGGGCCAACGGCACCUACGUCAACCGCGGCUUCCAGCAUCCUGCCGAAAGCGGGGACAGCUUCGGCGACCCUCCACCCCAGUGGUUGCUGCCAGUCAAGGCUGCCGUGUGUCUUCAAGGCUGUGAGCUCCCGGGGACAGGCCUGGAGCGCUGGCGCGGCUCAACCCAGCCCAAUCUCAGCCUCCGUGGAGAAGCACCAGCCGAGGACGCACCUGCUCAGUGCCGUGCACGGGAGGAAGAAUAUGUCUGCUGAGCACACAUGGAGUUUUGUGUCUCAUGUCCUAUUCUGGUUGCCUCUGGACUUAAGAUAAUUUUUGUAGCCCAGCCGGUGAUGAACCAGAAGGUGGUGGUUUGAUUUCCGGUCAGGGCACAUGCCCGGGUUUCUGGCUCGAUCCCCAGUAGGGGGUGUGCGGGAGGCAGCUGAUCGAUGAUUCUUCCUCAUCAUUGUUGUCUCUAUCUCUCACUCCCUCUCCUGUUCUAAAAUCAAUAAAAAUGUAUUAAAAAGGAGAUAAUUUUUGUAAAUGGCACAGCACACGUGUGGGAGGGUGACUUGGGGAGAUUUCAGUUUGUUUUCCCUUCCCCCUUCCAGAAGGCAGCCCUUUCAGGAGCGGGGAGCAACUUCUCCCAACCGGGAGGCAUGGAGGCCCUGGCCAGCGCAGGGACCCACAGCUGCUCGCUUUCUGUGAAAGCCUGAGAGGGAGGCAAUACCCAGAGAAGCAAGUGCAUUGGGGCAAGGAGGCACCCACUGCUGGCGGGCAACCGGAGUGUUCCUUGUUAUUAUUAAUCGUUAUUAUUAUUUACUACUCCUCACCCAAGGAUAUGUAUCCAUUGAUUUGAGAGAGAGAAACAUCAGUCAGUUGCCUCUCAGAUGAGCCUCGAUCAGGGAUUCAACCUGAAACCUGGGUACGUUCCCGACUGGGAAUCAAACCGUGACCUCCUGGUUCCUAGGUCGACACCCAACCACAGGGCCAUGCUGGCAGGGCCAGACUUUGAUGACCUGACAAUUGGGAGGACUCGUCAGGUGUGUUGUAGAAUCCCUUUAAAUGGGGUUUACUUGCUGUUUCUCUCCUGAUUAAACCGGGGUGAUGGGUUUGGGGGAGGAAGACCGCAAAGGUGGGGUGACCUUCUCAGCACACCGUAUCGGGGCAGUACUGUCGCCACGGCUGAUCGCUGUGGUGUGAUGUUGGUCACCUGGCUGAGGUUGUGUCUAUCAGGCGUCUCCUCCCUACAGGUGCUCCUUCCCCCCUUUCCCGGCUGUGUUCCUGGGUGGGGAGGUCCCUGUGCACUACCCACACUUAGGGAUGGGAGGCACGUUCCGGCUCCUGGAGGGCAGGGCUCAGCAUUCUGAGGACACUGGGUAUACAUGUAUCAGCAUGGACCCACAUACAGUCAAGUGGUACUUCGGUUAUAGAAUAAAACUACCUUAUUUGUCUUGUUCA